AUGCCAGUUCAGAAGAAUAAAGUUCCAGAAAAGGAGAGAUUUAUACAAUGUUGCGGAGACAUAUCUUUGGAAUUAGUUGCAUCACUAAAGAGUUCCAAAGACAUCAAUUUGAAUGGUUUGAUAACUCGAUAUGCCAAAAAGUAUAAAUUGAAACAACAACCAAGAUUAACCGACAUCAUAUCUUCCAUACCUGAUCAACAUAAGAAAUAUUUGAUUCCAAAACUAAAGGCAAAACCAGUUAGAACAGCGUCAGGAAUUGCUGUUGUUGCUGUUAUGUGUAAACCACACAGAUGUCCACACAUUGCAUACACAGGGAAUAUUUGUGUUUAUUGUCCUGGUGGUCCUGAUUCUGAUUUUGAAUAUAGUACACAAUCUUAUACUGGUUACGAACCAACCUCUAUGCGUGCCAUCAGAGCAAGGUAUGACCCGUAUGAACAGGCAAGAGGUAGAGUUGACCAAUUAAGACAAUUGGGUCAUUCUAUAGAUAAAGUUGAAUAUAUCAUUAUGGGAGGUACAUUCAUGUCGUUGCCUAUUGACUAUAGAGAAAAUUUUAUAACGCAAUUACACAAUGCCUUGACUGGGUUCAAUGGGAAUAAUAUUGAUGAAGCUAUUGAGUUUAGCCAACAGCUGCAAACUAAAUGUGUUGGUAUUACUAUUGAAACUAGACCAGAUUAUUGUACGGAAACUCAAUUGAGUGACAUGUUGAAAUAUGGUUGUACCAGGUUAGAAAUUGGGGUUCAAUCGGUUUAUGAAGACGUUGCUAGAGAUACUAAUCGUGGACACACGGUUAAAGCAGUUUGUGAAACAUUUGCUGUGGCUAAAGAUGCUGGUUAUAAGGUUGUUUCGCAUAUGAUGCCUGAUUUACCCAAUGUUGGAAUGGAAAGAGAUUUAGAACAAUUUAAAGAAUAUUUUGAAAACCCUGAAUUUAGAACUGAUGGUUUGAAACUAUAUCCAACAUUAGUUAUUCGAGGCACUGGUCUAUAUGAAUUGUGGAAACAAGGGUUGUACAAGUCUUAUAAUGCUAAUGCUUUGAUCGAUUUAGUGGCCCGUAUAAUGGCACUUGUUCCCCCAUGGACCCGUAUUUAUCGUGUUCAAAGAGAUAUUCCUAUGCCAUUGGUGACUUCUGGGGUUGAAAACGGUAAUUUGCGUGAAUUAGCUCUUGCCAGAAUGAAAGAUUUUGGUACCUCAUGUAGGGAUGUGCGUACAAGAGAAGUAGGUAUUCAAGAAGUUCAUCAUAAAGUUGUUCCUGACCAAGUUGAAUUAAUUAGACGUGAUUACUAUGCAAAUGGAGGUUGGGAAACAUUUUUAAGUUAUGAAGAUCCAAAGCAAGAUAUUUUAAUUGGGUUAUUAAGAUUGAGAAAAGCAAGCAAAAAAUACACUUAUCGUAAAGAGUUUGUUUCUCAACCAACAUCGAUUGUUAGAGAAUUGCAUGUGUAUGGAUCAGUUGUACCCUUGCAUUCCAGAGAUCCAAGAAAAUUUCAACAUCAAGGGUUUGGUACAUUAUUGAUGGAAGAAGCAGCAAGAAUAGCUAAAGAAGAACACGGCUCAGAGAAAAUAAGUGUGAUUUCAGGGGUCGGGGUUAGAAAUUAUUAUGCCAAAUUAGGUUACGAAUUGGAUGGUCCUUACAUGUCAAAGAUGUUGUAA